AUGCGAAUGGACUUUCUUUGCCCUUUUCAUUUGAAAAAAAUAGCUUCAUUUGCUCGGCUCUUUCAUUUCUUAGCUAGUCAGGUGAUGUCUCGUUCACUAAUGCUGCUGUUGAAGCUGUUCGUCUUCUUCGUGUUGGUCUCGCUCGCCAACGCCGAUGGUUUGCUGCAUCGUUGGGAGCAGGCAUCUCAGUCGGAGAAGCGCGGCAUCGAAUCAAUCGGAGCGUUGCUUUUCAACAUAUUCGUCGUGCUUCUCGUGCUCUGCUGCUGCAUCUGUUGCUGCAUUGUUUCAACCAGGAGGAAACGUUUCAAGCAGGCUCCUCCGGUUACCGUUCACGUGCAGCACGGCCAUCCGUCAGCGCCACAACCCUACGGCUUUGCUACGUAUCCUCAAUCGGCCGGCUACCAUCCAGCGAAUCAAGGCGUC